AUGUUCCAGGCCUUUGAGUGGUUUGCGCCUGAUGACAAGAAACAUUGGCGACGGCUGCAGGCAGCCCUACCAAGUCUAAAGGCGAUCGGAGUGACUAGCAUCUGGCUUCCUCCGGGAUGUAAAGCCAUGCAUCCAUCCGGAAAUGGCUAUGAUAUCUACGACCUUUACGACCUAGGCGAGUUCAAUCAGAAAGGGACAAAAGCGACCAAGUGGGGUACUAAGGAAGAGCUUGUUUCUCUUGUGACCAGAGCGCAUGAGAUGGAAAUUGCAGUUUAUUGGGAUGCUGUGCUUAAUCACAAGGCUGCGGCCGAUUAUGUAGAGAAGUGCGUUGCAGUUAUGGUUGACCCAAAAGAUUUAGAUCGGAGAAGAGUCAUCAGUGAGCCUCAGGAAAUAGAAGCCUGGUCGGGCUUUUCGUUUCCUGGUCGGGGAAACCAGUAUAGCAAAAUGAAAUACCAUUCUGAACAUUUUACUGGUGUUGAUUAUGAUGCCCUCACUGGUCGAAAUGGGAUUUUCAAAAUAUUAGGUCCCCAAAACAAAGACUGGGCACGCGACGUCAGCACCGAAAAUGGAAACUAUGACUAUUUAAUGUUUGCGGAUCUAGACCAUUCGAACCCGGAAGUUCGAGAAGACAUUAAGAGAUGGAUAGAAUGGCUCGGUAACCAGCUGCAUCUUUCUGGUCUAAGAUUUGAUGCCGCAAAGCACUACUCAGCCGGAUUUUUGCGAGACUUCAUCGCCCAUAUUCAACAAACUGUUGGCGCUGGUUGGUUUUUUGUAGCUGAAUAUUGGAAAGCAGAAGUCUGGGAGCUUUUAAAUUACCUGGGACGAAUGGGUCAUCUCGUAUCGUUAUUUGAUGCGCCAUUGGUCCAUCAAUUUUCUUACAUUUCAACCACUGAAGGCGCUGAUUUGCGCAGAGUUUUUGAGGGAAGUUUGGUGAAAUAUAAGGAGAAACAUGCUGUGACAUUUGUCAUGAACCAUGAUACGCAACCAUCCCAAUCACUCGAGGUACCAAUAGCGGAAUUCUUCAAGCCACUCGCUUACUCCCUAAUUCUCCUCCGCAAGGAAGGUUACCCCUGCCUGUUCUACGGUGACUUGUAUGGCCUUUGCGGCGGCUGCGAAGGCAUUCUUAGGCCGUCAUGUAAUGGCCAACUGGCUAAUCUCUCGCUUGCUCGGAAGCUGUACGCGUAUGGUCAACAGCGGGAUUAUUUCAAUAAAAGGAAUUGCAUUGGGUUUGUCCGCAUGGGCGACUCAGCCCACCCUCAUGGCCUCGCUUGCGUGCUCAGUAACGGCCCUGCAGAUAAGAAGCGCAUGAACGUAGGAAAGUCACAUGCGGGCAGUGUAUGGACAGAGGUUUACGGGACCUGUCGCUCGAGAGUAACGAUAGAUCGCCGCGGGUAUGGGGUUUUUGGUGUCGUUUCGUAUAGCGUGAGCGUUUGGGUCCGAGAGGACGCCACUGGGAGAGACAGUUUUGGGAAGUUCGAUUCGGAUAUCUAUUCAUCCAGCUGCUGA